AUGUCCUGUCGCCGCAUCGUCAACGGGACGUUCAACCUUGAUCGCUCCACUGAAGACAUCCCCUGCUCCAGCAACCUCAACGACGGCGUGGUCCCGGCGCGAGCGGUUAUUAUACCAGCAGCUGUACCGACCCGCUGGUCAGAGACCCGGCAUGCGUUCACUAUUGCGAAAGCGAAUCCUUCAUCGACGUCGUCUACAACGCCACAGCCCGGAACUGGGUCUGCUGUGGCCGCACCGAGGAGGGCAUCCAAUGCGCGAACCCUAUCGGCCCGACCUUUGACGCGCCCGCACCACACUGCAGCAACAUCUGCAGCCGCCUCAUCCUCCUCCACAAACUCCGUGUUACCAUCUCCCACCUCUGAAUCAAGAUCCAUCAUGACCCCCGGCGCCGUAGCUGGGACCGCCAUUGGGGCUGCUGCCGCCGUCGCCCUCCUCAUCGCCCUAGCGUGGUUCCUGUUGCGACGAAGAAACAGAGGCAAACAGGCCCUCCGAAACGGGCAGGGUCUGAUCUCAGACCAACAACCACAAAACAAAAACGGGAUCGGCGCCACAACAGCCGAGGAGUUGAGACAGAGACAAGAGCUGGGGCAGGGGCAAGACGACUCAUCGCAGCGACCACCCGAGAUGUCUGGCACAGAGACGAGACCGGGGCCGGCGUGGUCUGAGUUGGAUUCCUCGUCCAUGGCACCAAACGAGAUGAGUGUGGAUCGCUUUGGCGAGCGGAUGCCGGUGGAGAUGGAUGAGGGGCAGAAGCCGGGGUGGAGGGCGUGA